AUGAUCGCUACGCGCACCUCGGUGCUGCUUGCUUUCAGGCCUUUUCAACAUGGCUCCCGAUUAAAUCAACUUGACCAGAAUAUCCUCCUUUCGUUAUAUAAUUCCUCUCCCCGACACUCGCGGAUACUAUCCCGCACUCUGCAUCAGCUGGUGCGAUCGAACCCCUCCAGGAACCAAAGCCCAUUUCAGUCACUGAAGUUGCUGAGCGGUCCUGCACUUAAGGCAAGCGGUCUCAAGACACCCUUCAGUCCUCGAAUAGCCGCGCAAGCAGUAUGCUUUUCGAGCGGUCGCAAACUACACGAGACGCCUACUCCGGUCAUUAAAGAGCAACAGCGAACAAAAUCUACCGACGAAACGGAUGACGAGGAUGCGUUUCACAGAAGUGAAAAGGCACACCAAGCUUCGCAUGUGAACCUCAGUGCGAGGCUAUCAAAAGAGGGUGCUACGGGCAAGAGCUCUGGCUUUGGGGAGAUAUGGCGAUUGAUCAAGAUUGCACGUCCAGAAGCGAAAGUCCUCGCGCUGGCCUUUAUUCUUCUCCUGAUAUCCUCAUCUAUCACCAUGUCAAUACCAUUUUCAAUUGGCAAGAUCCUGGAUAUAGCUACCAAAGGGGGAGCGAAGACGGAGGGCGUCGAGCUAGAGCAGAAGACGGAUAUGCUCUUUGGGCUCAGCUUGACAACAUUCUACACUGCCCUUGUGUGUAUUCUUGCGACCGGCGCGGCAGCAAAUUACGGACGUAUCAUUAUCCUACGAAUCGUGGGCGAGAGGAUUGUGGCUAGACUCCGAUCCAGGCUCUUCCGGCAGACCUACAUUCAAAAUGCCGAGUUUUUUGACGCCAAUCGUGUAGGCGAUCUGAUUUCCAGACUCAGCUCUGACACCAUCAUUGUUGGCAAGUCUAUCACGCAAAAUCUUUCCGAUGGACUUCGCGCUUUCGUUAGUGGAGCUGCUGGUUUUGGCCUGAUGGCAUGGGUGUCUCUGAAAUUGACCGGUAUUCUGGCACUGCUGUUUCCCCCGGUUGCACUCGGGGCAUUCUUUUAUGGACGAGCGAUCAGAAACCUGAGCCGCAAAAUCCAAAAGAACGUCGGCACGUUGACGAAGAUUGCAGAAGAACGGCUCGGCAACGUCCGGACUUCGCAGGCGUUUGCAGGCGAAAUCCUCGAGGUUCAUCGGUACAACACGCAGGUGCGUAAGAUCUUCGAGCUGGGAAAGAGAGAGUCCAUCAUUAGUGCGACCUUCUUCUCGUCCACCGGGUUUAUGGGCAACAUGACGAUCCUGUCACUCUUGUAUGUGGGUGGGGGUAUGGUAUCAAGUGGCACAAUCAGUAUCGGAGAGCUCACGUCCUUCCUCAUGUACACUGCAUACGCAGGUUCUUCCCUCUUUGGGCUUUCGUCGUUCUACUCGGAGCUGAUGAAAGGCGUCGGAGCGGCGUCACGGUUAUUUGAAUUGCAAGAUCGGAAGCCAACCAUCUCUCCUACGAAGGGUACAAAAGUGGUAUCAGCACGAGGUCCCAUUCGAUUCGAGAAUCUCUCAUUCAGCUAUCCUACUCGCCCGGCUGUGAGUAUCUUUAGGAACCUGGAUUUUGAAAUACCCCAGGGUGCAAACGUGGCCAUUGUUGGCCCAUCUGGUGGUGGAAAGAGUACAAUUGCGUCCCUAAUCUUGCGGUUCUAUACGCCUACCGAGGGUCGCAUAUUGAUUGAUGGCAAGGACAUUGCAACGAUGAAUGUCAAGUCUCUCCGACGCAGGAUUGGUAUCGUGUCACAGGAACCGGUCUUGUUUUCUGGGACCAUAGCCGAGAACAUCGCCUAUGGUCGACCUCAUGCGACCCGAGCAGAGAUCAUGCGCGCAGCGAGAAGAGCAAAUUGCCAGUUCAUUAGCGAUUUUCCCGAUGGUCUGGACACUCCCGUCGGUGCGCGUGGCACGCAGCUCUCGGGUGGCCAAAAGCAGCGCAUUGCCAUUGCUCGCGCCCUGGUCAAGGAACCCGACAUUCUGAUCCUGGAUGAAGCCACCAGUGCUCUUGAUGCCGAGUCGGAGACCUUGGUGAAUGAGGCUCUGGCCUCGUUGCUCAGAGGGAGUAACACGACAAUUUCCAUUGCCCACCGUCUGUCCACCAUCAAACGAUCCGACACCAUCAUUUGUCUGGGUAGCGAUGGACGUGUUGCGGAGAUGGGCAGCUACAAGGAACUCAGCAGUCGACCCGAUGGGGCUUUCACGAAGCUGAUGGAAUGGCAAAUGAGUGGUGGGGAGAGAGCCCAGGAUGACGUGGACAAGUUGGCAAUCGAUGCCGAACAUAUCAAAGGGCCGCCAACAGAGAAAGAUGAGAUUGAAGUGGAGCUGGAAGAACAAAGUGAGGGCGAGGGCGAGAGUGAGGAGGAUCUUGAGGCCAGCAAGGCACAAGAGACAGUUAAGAAAGCAGUGGAAGAGAAGAAGCCAUGA